AUGACGAAUCGGCCAUACGAAAACGAUAAUAAUACAAUAAAUAAAUUACUUGAAAAGAACAAAAUGCCCAAAUGUUGGGGAUGUGUUAAGCAACAGGAUGAAGAAACAAAACGAAGUAAACAAAUCAACAAACAGAUCAAUGCGAAAUUAAAGCAAGAUCAACGAAUUUACAAGGCAACGUAUCGUUUACUUCUGUUAGGUGCAGGUGAAUCGGGCAAAUCAACAGUGGUCAAACAAAUGAAAAUUUUGCAUAAUCCAUUUACUAAUGAAGAAAAACUGGAAAAAAUACCAGAUAUUAAACGUAAUAUACGUGAUUCCUUAACGAGUAUACUACGAGCUCUCGAAGCACUACAUCCACCUAUACAAUUCGAGAAAGAAGAAAAUCGGGCACGUGCAACAUAUAUUCUAACGCGAGCACAUGAAAUCGAUUUCGAUUAUCCGCCUGAAUUUUUCGAACAUGCUCAAAUUUUAUGGAAUGAUGCAGGUGUACAGUCAUGUUUUGAACGAUCCAAUGAAUAUCAACUGAUUGAUUGUGCGAAAUAUUUUCUUGAUCGAAUCAACGAAAUCAAAAAACCAAACUAUACUCCAAAUGAGCAGGAUAUUCUUCGUUGUCGUGUGCUGACGUCAGGCAUCUAUGAAACGAUUUUUACUGUUGAUGGCGUGCGAUUUCAUAUGUUCGAUGUUGGUGGACAACGUGAAGAACGUCGCAAAUGGAUUCAAUGCUUUAAUGAUGUCACUGCAAUAAUAUUCGUGACAGCGUGUAGCGGAUUCAACUUGGUACUUAUUGAAGAUGAGAAACAAAAUCGUCUGAAAGAAUCGUUGGAUUUAUUUAAAAAUAUUUGGAAUAAUCGAUGGUUAAAAGCAAUUUCGGUUAUUUUGUUCCUGAAUAAACAAGAUUUGUUAGCUGAGAAAAUUAGAUGUGGCCGUCGACUUGAAGAUUACUUUCCUGAAUUUGCUGGAUAUACGAUUUCCAAUGCUGAAUUGAGUAGAGCCGAUCCAGACGAAGAUCCAGAAGUAACUCGCGCUAAAUAUUUCAUUCGUGAUGAAUUUUUGCGAAUCAGUACCGCUACCGAUGACAAGCGUCAUUUUUGUUAUCCACAUUUUACUUGUGCAGUUGAUACGGAGAACAUUCGUCGAGUAUUUAAUGAUUGUCGGGAUAUAAUUCAGCGUAUGCACUUGAGACAGUACGAAUUACUGUGA